AUGGAGUUCGACGACGUUUAUGGACCGGGAGGGGGCGAGACUCUCACCUUUGUUGAAACAGGAGAGGAUGAUAAUCUCAUUAAUGGAGCUACUCAGGAUUCCACUUUUGAUUUUGAUCAUCGUUUUUCAGUGCCUACCCAAAAUUCUCAGAUGUCGCUCGCUUCUGGAUUAGAGAGCAGCGUAGAUUUGACUUUCAGAGAUGUAGACGAAGAGGAAGAAUUAGUAGAGGAAAAACUACCUGAACAUGCUUGCAGAUACUGUGGUAUCCAUGAACCUAGUUGCGUAGCUCUUUGUACAAUUUGUAAGAAAUGGUUUUGCAAUGGUAAAGGAAGCACGAGUGGAUCGCACAUUAUCACUCAUAUGGUUAGAAGUGGCCACAAAGAGAUUUGCUUGCAUCGCGAAUCUCCACUAGGAGAAACACAAUUAGAGUGUUAUCAGUGUGCUGCUCGUAACGUCUUUCUUCUUGGUUUUAUCCCUGCUAAAGCCGAUUCAAUUGUGGUAAUAUUGUGCAGACAGCCUUGCGCUCAAAUAGCUUCGCAAAAAGAUGCGAAUUGGCAGGGUGAUGAGUGGGAACCACUCAUCCGAGAACGCCAGAUUUUACCUUGGAUUAUCAACGUUCCCACGGAAGGUAUUCAAAUACGUGCUAGACAUAUAACAGCUGGAAUGGCAAGUCGCUUAGAAGAUUUAUGGAAGGAGUUGCCUAAUGCAACAAUUGAAGAUCUCGACAAGCCUGGUAUUGAUACCGAACCAGAUCCAGUUCUGCUCCGGUAUGAAGAUGCAUUCCAUUAUCGCAAAAUUUUCGGUCCUCUUGUUGAUCUCGAAGCAGAUUACGAUAAAAAAACCAAAGAAUCACAAACUCAGAAUGUUGGUCAUGUUCGUUGGGACCAAGGAUUGAACAGAAAACACUUGGCGUUUUUUCAACUGCCCAAAUUCAUGGAAGGAAGCAUGAAGCUUAUGAUUGGAGAUGAGUUGAACCUAAAGCAUAGCCAAACUAUUGAUAGCGAAUGGUCUUGCCGAGGCCAAGUUUUCAAAAUUCCUGACAAUCACAGUGAUGAAAUUGGUAUUGAAAUGCAAUGCGGCCCCUUCGAAAAAAUGCCUACCGAUCCUCGGAUUAUAUUCGUUUGCGAAGCAGUUUGGAACUCAGUGUCUUUCGAUCGAAUGCAAUCAGCUCUGCACAAGCUUGCUACAGAUCAGCACAGCGUGUCCAGUUAUAUCUACAGGAAAUUAUUAGGACAUGAUGUCGACGAAAUUUUAUUUAGAGUAACACAACCGAAAAGAUUAUCAGCUCCAGGAUUGCCAGAGUUGAAUCACAGUCAAAUGAAUGCGGUCAAGACAGUUUUAACUCGGCCAUUAAGUUUAAUUCAAGGGCCUCCUGGUACAGGAAAAACUGUUACCUCUGCUACAAUUGUUUACCAUUUGGUGCAGCAAACACAGGGCCAAGUUCUAGUCUGUUCUCCUUCAAACAUAGCAGUUGAUCAGCUGGCGGAGAAGAUCCAUUUGACUGGGCUGAAGGUUAUCCGACUCUAUGCUAAAUCAAGAGAAAGCUUGGAUUCUAAAGUGGAUUAUCUAACCUUACCAAGACAACUCAAAGUUUUGAAAGAAGCUGCCGAGUUACAAAAACUCCAACAACUAAAGGAAGAAAUGGGCGAGUUAUCCUCUGCUGAUCAAGAGCGUUACAUAAAAUUGAAAAAGAUUGGUGAAUCCCAAUUAUUGUUGGCUGCUGAUGUAAUCUGCUGUACUUGCUCCUCAGCUGCCGAUCCUCGUUUAUCCCGUAUAAGAAUCAAAACUGUUCUCAUCGAUGAAUCUACUCAAGCCACUGAGCCGGAAGUUCUAGUUUCUAUCGUGAGAGGUGUACGACAAGUCAUUCUGGUAGGAGAUCAUUGCCAGCUUGGUCCAGUCAUAAUGUGCAAGAAGGCUGCAAAAGCAGGGUUAUCUCAGUCUUUGUUUGAAAGGUUGAUAUUAUUGGGAAACAGGCCAGUUCGACUACAGGUUCAAUACCGAAUGCACCCUGUGCUAUCUGCUUUUCCUAGCAAUGUUUUCUACGAAGGAAGUUUGCAAAAUGGAGUUACUGAAACUGAGAGAUCACUACGUAAUGUAGAUUGGCAAUGGCCAGUCGCGGAUAAACCUAUGAUUUUUUGGUCAUGCUAUGGACAAGAAGAAAUGAGUGCUUCGGGUACUUCGUUUUUGAACAGAACGGAAGCUGCGAAUGUAGAGAAGUUGGCGAGUAAACUCAUCAAAGGUGGAAUGCGUCCGGAGCAAAUCGGCAUUAUCACUCCUUAUGAAGGACAGAGAUCUUUCAUCGUUCAAUACAUGCACACACAAGGAGCUCUGAACAGCAAGCUUUAUGAACACAUGGAGAUUGCGAAUGUGGACGCUUUUCAGGGUCGCGAAAAAGAUUUUAUCAUAGUGACAUGCGUUCGUUCUAAUGAGCAGUCAGGCAUUGGAUUCUUAAACGAUCCACGUCGUCUGAACGUUGCUUUGACUCGUGCUAAAUACGGUCUUGUUAUCAUUGGGAACGGCAAGGUUCUUGCCCGACAGCCACUGUGGAAUGAUCUACUGGCCACAUUCAAACAUAAAAACCUCAUCGUCGAAGGUCCUAUUAAUAACUUGAAGCCAAUCCAAAUGACACUACCAAAACCUAAACCACAGCCUCGGAAUCCAGCUUAUCCCACUGGAAGGUGUGCUAUCCAGAGACAUUCUUAUACUAUGAGUGAAUAUCGUGCUAAAGAUUCUAGGCAUGUUCCAAUGGAUCCUCAGCAAGCAAUAACUCAACAAUCUCUUCGUCAUCAGGUUCAUGCGCCACUACCUUUGCAUAUGCUACACAUGGUACCCCCAACACCAAAUCAAGGAGGAAGCCGCCGAGCUGGUCAGAGUACUUCGUCAUGGCCAGCUCCAAGAGGUGCUACGAGAGGACAAGGAAACUCUAGGGAUCAUGCAGGAGGAUAUGCUUCGCAAGCUUCUCAAGAUGUUGAUAUUCUUGGUGAUGGACCUUUAUCGGAAGCCACUGGAUUGACUGGCUGGUCACAAUCACAGCAGGGUCGCAAUCAAACACAAGCGAUAUCUCAAGAUGAGUUCCGGCACAUGACUUUUGGAGAGGAUAUUGAGAACGAUAUGGCUAAUUUAUUAUUGUCUCAAGGACCGUAG